GGUGGCGGCGGCGGCGGCGGCGGCGGCAGUGGCCGGAGCGGCCCGGCGGCGGCCCGAUGUGGCUGCAGCAGCGGCUCAAGGGGCUGCCGGGGCUGCUGUCCAGUAGCUGGGCCCGCCGCGUGCUAGGGUUACUCGGCUUCUUGCUGCUGCUCUCGUGGUACUUGGGCGGGCGGGCGAGGCGGACGGGUCCCGGGACCGGGCCGGGCCUGCAUCUGCUGCCCUGGAACUCGGGCCCCGGCGAGCCCCGCGCCGCGGCGCCCCAGGCCUGCGUGGAGGCGGCCACUCGCGCGUGGCGGGCGCUGCAGGAGCGCGGCGAGGCGGUGCCGCUGAGCUCCCGGGCCUCUGACGGCGCCGCGGCCCCGGAGUUGCCCUCGGCCGAGCCGCCCGCGCUGGUGGGCAACGGCUUCCUGGCCCUGGACGUGAGCCGCAACCGGCUGUGGGUGACGCCCGGCGAGCGGCAGCCGCCCGUGGCCCCGGAGCUGGCGCCCUUCGUGCAGCUGCGGCCGCUGAGCGCGCAGGCCGAGGCGGGCGCCUCCGCGCUGCUCCUGCGCCAGGGCCUGGUGCGCCGCGUGCGCUGCCUGCAGCCGUCUGAGCCGCCGCCCGGGGCCGCGGCCGGGGGGGCGGCGGGGCUCGGGGGCCCGGCGGCGCCGGCGGGGGCCGGGGCCCAGUGCGUGCUGCUGCAGGAGGACUUCCUGGCGCACCGGGCGCGGCCGCACCUCUACGUGCAGCGCAUCCACAUCCACAACCCCACCGAGCGCGUGGCAGCGCUCUGGACCGUCGGGCCCACUCCCAGGCCUCCCCUCAGGACCUUCACCAGCUCGCUGGAGAAGGCCGGCGACCACCAGUUCCUGCUGCACUCGGGACACUCGCCUCCCCUGCCCAACGGCAAGGUCAACCUGGUGGUGGUGGCCGCCAAGAAGCUGGUGGACCUGCUGCAGGUGGCCCCCAGGUCGCUGCUGGACGAGGCCGUGCUGUGGGUGGUCUACAUCUCGGAGCCCCUGGAGCUGCGGGCGCUGAAGGCCAAGGGCGCCAAAGAGAUGAAGGAACUGAAGGCCCUGCAGGACAUGGCCCGAAAGGAGAUUUUGGAGCUCAUGGAGGUCCCCGUGGCCGAUCUGCUCCUGGACCACCAGCAGCUCUGGGCCCAGCUCUUUGCCUCGGGGGUUGAAAUGAAGAAAAUCAAUGAUGCUCACACACCAUCUAGCCUGACUGUCAACUUGACACUGUAUUACAUGCUGUCCUGCUCACCAGCACCACUGCUGAGUCCUACCCUAAGCCGAUGGGAACGAGACCAGAUGGAGUCAACUCUGAAUUAUGAGGACCACUGCUUCAGUGGUCAUGCAACCAUGCAUGCAGAGAACCUUUGGCCAGAAAAGUUGUCCAGUGUUCUCCAGAUCCUACAGCUCUCUGAUGUGUGGAAGUUAACACUCCAGAAACGGGGGUGCAAGGGUUUGGUGAAGGUGGGGGCCCCUGGGAUUAUGCAAGGAAUGGUGCUCAGUUUUGGGGGUCUGCAGUUCACAGAAAACCACCUUCAGUUCCAGGCAGAUCCUGAUGUGCUCCACAACAGCUACAUCUUACAUGGAAUUCACUACAAGACUGAUCAUAUCAACUUGGCUGUCCUUCUUGAUGGAGAGGGAAAGCCAUUCCUGCAUGUGUCUGUCAAACCCCACAGCCCACCGGUCAAGAUCUAUGCCUGUGAGGCUGGGUGCCUGAACGAGCCUGUGGAACUGACCUCAGAGCCCCAAGGUCACACUUUCCCUGUCAUGGUGACCCAGCCGAUCACCCCCCUCCUCUACAUCUCCACAGAUCUGUUACAUUUGCAAGAUCUGAGGCACACUCUGCACCUGAAAGCAAUUCUGGCCCACGAGGAGCACAUGGCCAAACAGUACCCCGGCCUACCCUUCCUCUUCUGGUUCAGUGUGGCCUCCCUCAUCACAUUGUUCCACCUUUUUCUGUUCAAACUCAUCUACAAUGAAUACUGUGGGCCCGGAGCCAAGUCGCUCUUCAGGAGUAAGGAAGAUCCCAGUGUCUGAGUGAAUUAACAGUACCGCUUUCAGCCUCCAUUUGCACAAGACACCCAGCACCCGAAAAGUCCUGCUGCUGCGAACAAGGGACCCUUUGAAAGCAACAACCCUAUUGUGCCUUGUUGGGGGAAAACCAGUGACUCGGAAGUGUUUGUGGCCGUUCAGGAAUUUUACAUUGGAAUGAAUGCGUGUCACUUUGGGGAUAAGGAAGGGAGAGAGGCCGUUUUGAUGUUUUGUAAACUUCCACCUUAAUAAAGUGAACCUAUUUGGAAAUUACUUGAAAUUGACCUUCAGAUUUCCCCCUUUUCUAUCUUCCUCUCCCAUCUCCUUAUCCUAUUCUCCUUUUUGGAAAUCUCAGCUAGAAAAAUUACUUUUUCCUAAUUUAAUGUCUUUUUCCUUGAGUGAACUUUUAAUUUAUUUUUGCCUGGAAAUUUUGGAUGUUUCAGCCUCCACUUUAGAUAGCAGAUCACUGAAAUGAUUUUGGAGCUGUUUGACCAUUAGAAAGCUUGGCUGUAUGUUGCUAGCAUGGUUCAUUCAGGGUCCAGGCAGAAGGGGCCACACAGCCUGCUUGGAAGAUGUGGCAUUACUGGAUUAGAUUUGGAAUGCUAACUUUCUUAGCCUACAGAGAUUUGUGUGUUUUUGUAUUUUCUGGCUGUUUGGGGAUGGGCUUGGGAGGGGGAGUAUUGGCUUUCUAGUGACCGAUGAUUGUUGAGUUUUCAGAUACCAAAGCUUUUUUGUUUUGUUUUUGAAUAAAUACCUUUCAGAUAUG